AUGAGCGGACGGCUUAUAGCAGCGGCCGGGCGUCUCCCAUUGACGCGUCCGGCCGCGACGCAGGCUGCCCGCCAGUAUCACCAUCUACCCUCCGGUGGUCUUCUCCGAGCCGAUGCCGCCGUUCGAGCUACGAGGCAACGCAUGUGGCGUGGAGGAAACGCUUUCCACAAUGCCGUCGUGGUGCGGAAUGCCUCCUUUGUGCGCUUCCUGCCCAAGCUGGCGGCCAAGCUUAUAAGGAUACCCGCCAUGAUGGGCGGCAUUACCGUUGCCGGUUUGGCGUGGGUACAAUACCAGGCGACACAAGCGGGCAACUACGCAUGGGAUGUCUUCAGCACAGGGAAAGACACCGUCGUAAGCACGGCUACCUCCAUGUUCGAUGGCGUCAAAGGAAUCGCCGACCAAACAAUGAAAGGUUGGGAAAACACGAAAGAGCAGGCCGAAUUACCAGAGUGGAUGCAGAAAAUAUUGAGACUACAAGAAGAGGUCGGAACAGGCAAGAAUGGCGGCGAGGGUGGUCCAGGCGGGGAGGAGCCGCCCAAGCAGAGCAGGACAGGCGCCGCAGUGACCGCGGGUGCCAGUGCCGCAGCCUAUGGCUACGAACAGUCCCCGGAAGACGAUACAAGGAGCGACGACGAGAUUGCCAAGGACGAUCAAAUGAUGGUCCUGACCAAGAAGAUGAUCGAAAUCCGCAACAUUCUAUCCAAGGUGGGGCAGGCCAGUACCUUGAACCUACCGUCAAUUGUUGUCAUUGGCUCGCAGUCUUCGGGCAAGAGUUCGGUGCUGGAAUCUAUAGUUGGUCACGAAUUUCUUCCUAAAGGAACAAACAUGGUGACUCGACGACCCAUCGAGUUGACCUUAAUCAACACACCCGGUUCGAACGCAGAGUACGGCGAGUUUCCGGAUUUGGGACUUGGCAAGAUUUCGGAUUUCUCAUCGAUACAACGAACUCUCACGGAACUCAACCUAGCUGUGUCGGACGCGGAGUGCGUCUCUGAUGACCCUAUUCGCCUGUCUAUAUCGUCUCCUCACGUUCCCGAUUUGUCACUGAUUGAUCUGCCCGGGUACAUCCAGGUCGUUGGCCAGAAUCAGCCUCUGGAGUUGAAGCAGAAGAUCUCAGAACUCUGCGACAAGUAUAUCCAGCCACCAAAUGUCAUUCUCGCGAUUUCAGCGGCUGAUGUGGAUUUGGCGAAUUCCACGGCCCUCAGAGCUAGUCGCAGAGUUGACCCUAGGGGAGAGCGCACCAUUGGUGUUGUUACGAAGAUGGACCUAGUAGAUCCCAUCAGAGGCAUGUCAAUCUUGAAUGACAAACAGUAUCCGCUGCGCCUUGGCUAUGUUGGUGUUGUGUCACGAGUUCCGACUACUACUGGCCUCUUCAAGAAGGGAAAUGCAAACCUGACGAGUGCCAUUACCAAAAACGAGAACGCAUACUUUUCGGCUCAUCCCUUAGAGUUUGGACCCAACUCGGAUGUAAGCGUCGGAACUACGACGCUGCGAAAGAAGCUUAUGCAUGUGCUUGAGCAGACCAUGUCCGCGAGUCUGCAAAGCACAAGCGACGCUAUCCAGCAAGAGCUAGAAGAAGCGACAUAUGAGUUCAAGGUUCAGUACAACGACCGACCGCUUUCGGCCGAAUCCUACCUCGCCGAGAGCUUGGACGCCUUCAAGCAUUCUUUCAAGCAGUUCGCAACCGAAUUUGGUCGCCCGCAGAUGCACGAGCUACUGAAGAAUGAGCUGGACCAGCGUGUUCUCGAUCUCUUGGCUGCCAGAUACUGGAAUAAGCCCAUCUAUGAUCUUUCGGUGCCAGUUGUAGAACCAGAUAACCUGGCUGAUCUUCCCAAGGCGGACCCGGACUCUCCAUACUGGCAUCGCCGACUCGAUGCCUCUACUUCAUCGCUUACCAAACUCGGUGUCGGCCGUCUUGCUACAACCGUAGUGGCCUCGGCCAUUCAAUCCCAUGUUGACAAACUUGUCAACCAGUCGACCUUUGUCAACCAUCCUUUUGCCCAAGAGGCCAUCACGGGUGCUGCUUCGAGUAUUCUCAACGACAGAUUCUACAGCACGAGCGACCAAGUGGAGAACUGUAUUAAGCCGUUCAAAUUUGAGAUUGAUAUGGAGGAUCGCGAGUGGGCACAUGGACGAGAGCACGUUCAGGGCGUUCUGAAGAAGGAACUUGAGGCCUGCGAAGGUGCACUCAGAGGUUUGGAAACUAAUGUUGGCGGGCGCAGAAAGUUGAAGGAGGUCAUGUCCUUUGUUGACAAGGCUCGCAAGGGCGAUGUCAUUGUCGAGGGCGAGAGCUCAACAGGCGCGGGAGGCUUCAGUGCUGCUUUACUCACCAAAGGCCGAGAAGCAGUAUUCCUCCGCGACCGGGCCGAGAUCAUCAAAAUGCGCAUGUAUGCUGUCAAGUCCAAGCAGUGCGCCAACAUGAAGAACAAGUAUCACUGUCCAGAGGUUUUUCUUGACGCCGUGGCAAGCAAGUUGGCCUCGACAGCAGUCCUCUUUCUCAACGUGGAACUCCUUUCCGAGUUCUACUACAACUUCCCUCGCGAGUUGGAUCAACGGCUCGGCCGACACCUCUCAGAAGAGGACAUUGAGAAAUUUGCUAAGGAGGACCCCAAGAUUAGAAAACACCUCGAGGUGAUCCGGAGAAAGGAACUUCUCGAGCUUGUAUUAGAGAAAAUGCAGAGCCUGAGACAGUUGGAAGGCCGUGAACGGGAAGACAGGAACGCCCCUAAGAAGAAGGCUGGCGACAAACAGAAGGGCUGGGGAAUCUUCUAA